AUGAUCACAGUUCUGUCUAUAACCUUGAACGUUGAUAUUUCAAGACAACUUUUCAGCCUACCCCUACUAUCUUCUUCAGGUUUAUCAUCCGAAUGGAAAGAUUGUGAUACAUUCUUUUUUCUUUUUUUAACAGUACAAAUUGCUUAUUUUGUUCUCUUAACGUAUAAUUUAUCUUUCUCCUUUUCUUUCCGCGUCACUCUCUCUCCUUCCAUUCUCUCUUUCUCUCUCUCCUUCCAUUCUCUCUCUCUCUCUCUCCUUCCAUUCUCUCUCUCUCUCCUUCCAUUCUCUCUCUCUCUCCUUCCAUUCUCUCUCUCUCUCCUUCCAUGCUCUCUCCUUUCUCUCCAUCUCUCCUUUCUCUCCAUCUCUCCUUUCUCUCUAUCUCUCCAUCUCUCUUGUUUUCUCUCCUUUCUCUCUCUCUCUCUUGUUUUCUCUCCUUUCUCUCUCUCUCUUGUUUUCUCUCCUUUCUCUCUCUCUCUUGUUUUCUCUCUUUUUUCUCCUUGUUUUUUUUCUCUCUCUUCUUUUUUCUCUCCUUUUUCUCUCACUUGUUUUCUCUCCUUUUUCUCUCUCUCUCUCUCUCUCUCUCUUGUUUUCUCUCCUUUCUCUCUCUCUCUCUCUCUCUCUCUCUGCCUUUUUCAGGGACAUACUGCUGGGGAGGCGGAGUUGCCGACUUGGCUCCCCUCCUCACUAUCUUAG